AUGACAGUUGAUGAGACUUGCUCUCCCAUUUUCGUAGGAGUACCAGAUGAGGACCUUCUUCAGCCAACGUCUAAUACUUCUAUACAGAUGAAACCAGCUAUACAAAUGAAACCAGUCUUGAGCAAAUCGCCUACUCAACCAAUAUCCGCUAACACACCAGAUGAGGCUGACCAUGUGGUGACAGACCAGAGGAUACCAGCGAUUGACGAACCUGACUACACGGAACCAUUGGCAACUGUGAACCAUAGUAUACAAAGCGAGUACACGCAGUCAACACAACCACAGCCGAUCUCUGUGAACUUACCUGAUGAAAGUGAUGACCUGCAACCAGUACGCGAGCUUAUACAAGAGCGGAUCCAAGGAGCACCCACGUUGGUGAGUUUAAAGUCGAAAAUUUACAUUCAUGAACUUUCGAAAAACACAUAA